UUGCGCACGCGCCUUCGCCCUCUCUCCCCACGCUGGUUCCGCGUCCUCGGAGCGGUGCCUCUGUCCGCCUCGGGUGCCCAGGGUCUGGGUGAGAUCCGGGCUGUCGCGCCACCGCGAUGGGCAAAACUGCCGAUUCCCGGGGCCUCGGAGUCCGGCCCGACCCGGUGCGGAGCUUCAAUCGUUGGAAGAAGAAGCACAGCUACAGGCAGAGCCAAAAGAAACAGUUGAGGAAGCAGCUGAAGAAGCCCGAGUGGCAAGUGGAGCGUGAGGUUAUCAGCCGCCUCGUGCAGAACUAUGAAAAGAUAAAUGUAAAUGAAAUUACAAGAUUUUCAGAUUUACCCUUGUCCAAAAAAACAUUGAAAGGUUUGCAAGAAGCCCAGUACCGCUUGGUAACCGAGAUCCAGAAGCAGACCAUUGGGUUGGCGUUACAAGGUAAAGAUGUCCUUGGAGCUGCCAAAACUGGCUCUGGCAAGACUUUGGCUUUCCUUGUUCCAGUGCUGGAAGCUUUGUAUCGACUGCAGUGGACCUCAACCGAUGGGCUGGGUGUUCUGAUUAUAUCACCCACAAGAGAACUGGCCUAUCAGACUUUUGAGGUUCUCCGGAAAGUCGGGAAGAAUCAUGACUUUUCAGCUGGCCUCAUCAUUGGUGGAAAGGAUCUGAAACACGAAGCUGAGAGGAUCAAUAACAUAAAUAUACUGGUGUGCACACCGGGUCGGCUUCUUCAACACAUGGAUGAAACAAUAUGUUUUCAUGCCACCAAUCUGCAAAUGUUAGUUCUUGAUGAAGCAGAUAGAAUCUUGGAUAUGGGCUUUGCUGACACCAUGAAUGCUAUUAUUGAAAACCUUCCCAAGAAACGUCAGACUUUGCUUUUUUCAGCUACACAAACCAAAUCGGUAAAGGACCUUGCACGCUUGAGUUUGAAAAACCCUGAAUAUGUCUGGGUUCAUGAAAAAGCAAAAUAUAGCACCCCUGCCACUUUGGAACAGAACUACAUAGUUUGUGAGCUGCAGCAAAAAAUAAGUGUGCUAUAUUCCUUUUUGAGAAGCCACCUGAAGAAGAAAAGUAUUGUCUUUUUCUCCAGUUGCAAAGAGGUUCAGUAUCUGUACCGAGUGUUCUGCCGGCUACGUCCCGGUAUUUCUAUCCUUGCUCUGCAUGGUCGACAGCAGCAGAUGAGAAGAAUGGAAGUUUAUAAUGAAUUUGUCCGCAAGAAAGCUGCCGUGCUCUUUGCUACUGAUAUUGCAGCCAGGGGGCUGGAUUUCCCGGCUGUGAAUUGGGUUCUUCAGUUUGAUUGUCCAGAGGAUGCCAACACAUAUAUUCACAGAGCAGGUAGAACUGCCAGGUACAAAGAGGAUGGUGAAGCUUUAUUAAUUUUGCUUCCCUCAGAAGAAAAAGGGAUGGUGCAGCAGCUUCUUCAGAAGAAAGUGCCUGUGAAGGAAAUCAAAAUCAAUCCAGAAAAACUUAUAGAUGUUCAGAAAAAAUUGGAAUCGUUUUUAGCCCAAGAUCAAGAUUUAAAAGAAAGAGCCCAAAGGUGUUUUGUCUCCUACAUACGUUCGGUAUAUCUGAUGAAGGAUAAAGAAAUAUUUGAUGUGAGCAAGUUACCUAUACCUGAAUAUGCCCUGUCUCUUGGUCUUGCUGUGGCACCGCGGAUAAGAUUUCUUCAGAGAAUGCAGAAACAACCCACCAAAGAAGUGGAAGUGAGCCAGGAUGAUAAAGUCGUUGAGUCAAGUGCUCCCUCUCUCACCAAUGAUGAAGUGGAAGAAUUUAGAGCUUACUUCAGUGAGAAGAUGUCUAUUCUUCAGAAAGGUGGGAAAAGACCAGAAGGGACAGAGUACAAACAGGCUACUGGCAUUAGUGAUGAAGAGGAAGAAGAGAAGGAAGAUGAAGAAGAAAUGGAAGAGAAACUGGCAAAAGCCAAAGAGUCUCAACCUCAGGCUGUCCCUGGUGACAAAACGUCGCAGAAGAGCAAGCAAGCUCCUAUGCAGUUCUUGGAUGGAGAUGAGGAGGAGGAGGAGGAAGACGGCCUUGACGCUGAUUUCUUUAAGGUGAAGCGGCACAAUGUGUUCGGGUUGGACCUUAAGGAGACUAAAACAUCCCAGAAGAAAGACCCUUCUAAAUCCAGCAUGAAGAAAAAAGUGACAAAGGUUGCAGAAGCAAAAAAAGUAAUGAAGAGAAAUUUUAAAGUAAAUAAGAAAAUAACAUUUACCGAUGAAGGGGAGUUGGUUCAGCAGUGGCCACAGGUACAGAAAUCUGUCUCCAAGGAUAACGAGGAUGAGGACGACAGUGGCGGUAUCAACUUAGAUAAAGCCAAGGAGAGGCUUCAGGAAGAGGACAAAUUUGACAAGGAGGAAUACAGGAAGAAAAUUAAGGCAAAGCAUCGGGAGAAAAGAUUGAAGGAAAGGGAAGCCAGAAGAGAAGCAAAUAAGAGACAAGCAAAGGCCAAAGAUGAAGAGGAAGCUUUUCUCGAUUGGAGUGACGAUGACACUGAUGGGUUUGAUCCAAGCACACUUCCAGAUCCUGAUAAGUAUAGAAGCUCCGAAGAAUCAGACAGUGAUGAUGUGGGAAAUCAAAUCAGUGAUAGCAAGAAACAACAGGGAAUGAGGAAAAGGAACAACAGUGACGUGGAAGAGGCGGGGCCCACAAGUCGUAACAGAAAGAAGACCAAGUGGGAAACCUUGGAGCCUUUGGAUACGGGCCUGUCUUUAGCCGAGGAUGAAGAGCUGGUGCUGCAUCUGCUCAAAAAUCAAAGCUAGAAGUUCCUGCUCUUGUCUUCUCCUUGAAACCUCUGGUGGUGAUUAUGUGGACAAGAAGUUGAAAAAAACAGUUGGCUUUGGGGCACUUAAGUAGCAUGAGUCCUCAGACAGGAGCGAUCAUUCCUCUAAGCCCCUUUCACAGGGCGUGCUUGCGCAAGUAUUGGGAAAGGGUGGAUGAUAAAAUGUCCUGAUUCCAUGUUCCAGCAUGUGCUCUGUUAGCUUUUAUCCAUGGGUUUCUACAUCUUGUCAUUGGAAAUCCUUCCUGUAUUUUACAGGCAAGUUCUGAAGACUUGGUUUCACUGUGAGAAAUUCCAGUCUUGCUUACUGUACAGAAGUUUCUCUGUAAUGUUAAAUAAAAUUGCUCACAAUUUUGAUGUAUUUAAUAUCUCUAAAGAGAAAGAGUGUAAUGGACUGACCCUGAGGGGGAGAAAAAGAAUAUUUUUGAAUUGCCAUGAUCAAUAAUAAACAUAUUUCCUAUGAAAUGAA